AACAACAUGCAACAUCAUCAGCGACAUCACCACAUCUCAGGGCAUCGAGGGGUCAUUUUCUGUGUUAGUAGGAAGUACGGCAAUCGCACCAUGGCCGGUCAAGAGCUACAUGAGUGACCAUAGUUUGUACCUUCCCAGCAUGUGAAUAUAUCUCGCUUCCACCGCUGCAUGCACGAUUGACAGAUAACCGUAUUGCCCUCUUCACCAAAUGGCCGGCUUAGACGACCUCACGCCACUGCGAAUACGUGGCAAACGCCGUGGUACCCCUGCUGAGAAGUGGAAGACAGGCCGCCGUCGCAAACCAGAGUUACAGAAACGACCAUGUUCAUUCGAGCAUGGCACCAAUUCGGCAGGAACACCGUCUGUGAGGCCGCGCAAACAGCGACCUGUGCAGCAGGUCUCACCACUAGAAGAUUUGCCUGCAGAGAUCUUGCAAGCCAUAUUCGAUUAUGCAGGCAACAUCGACUUGCCCGUUGUGUCUCGACCGCUCGCUGCGAAGCUCUCGAACAGUCAACACCUCCAGACUGAGCUUACCAAUCGCCUCCUCGCGCCUGUCCUAAAUGUGGCCACUGACACCUCCAGUGCGAAGGAUCGCAGAGCUGCGACAAGACUGCUGAACUCGCGGUUCAUGACCUGGCAGUUCUUCAAAUCGUGGCUAAGUCGUUUUUCAGCUGCUAGUGCUCCGAACCGUGCUCCAGAAGAUACAGAAGAGUCUAGUUGGGCGUUCGUAUGGUCGUCGCUGCAUCCCUCGCGUGCUUUGCUGCCGCCGAAGAAGCUUCUUCUACCGCCAUUUUCGGAAGACAAAGUAUCAUUCUUGUCUACGCUGUUGAAUGGCACAACCGAGAUCGCCGACCUUGACCCAUCCUACGGUGAAUUGGCAUUUGACUGCCUCGUUGCUGCUAUACAUGCAGGCAACACUGACGUCGUGGACUUGUUACUCAAGGCAGGGCUGAAGAGUAGCACAGAGCUCUUGCGUAUUGCUGUUGCAGAUGCUGGCUGCAAUCAAGACAUUGUCCAGAUGCUGGUCUCUGCCGGUACUGCUUCUCGGCCUCGUGCCACUGCGUCAAAGAGUGCUAUUGACUUGCUGGAUCAAGAUCUCUGGAGUUGGGCAGAGCAAGCUCGUCAGCAAGGUAAUGUUCGUGGCCCGUGGCUCAUCUCCUACCUUCAAGACCUGCAGCGCGAGCACAUUGCGAGACGCUAGCUGUGUCAUUGAAGAGCACCAUCGCCCUCUGCGCAUGCAGAACCUUCAGUAUCGCAGCUCUAGGCACGAGUUCGAGUGAUGGAGAUGAUUCCUAGAGGGGCAUCUCCGAUGCUUGGACCGACCUCUAUCUACCACGUAGAGACUACGUUGUAUAUGCAUCUUGUCAAACUCACCGCUAUUAUUGUG